CGAACUUUUCCACUUUUUUUCUUGUGUUUUGUAUUUUAGUUUCUUCUACAAAAUGACCUUCUAUUUCUCACAUAGAUCUGUUUCCAUUCUCAAAUUUAUCCCUCUCAAGCAAAUCGCACAAAGUUUCUCCACCAAACCAUCAGUAUUUUCCAUAAGCAGCUUCAAAUCCAAAUUUGUACCGAAACCCUCAACAAAACACCUGAAUAAUCCUCAAUUUUCGCCAAGAUUUCUAGCCAGUAGCCCCCAUGAGACCAUUACAUCGAUACAAGUCAAAAAGAGGCCUAUACGUAAGAAGAAAUCCUUAGAAGACGAGCAAGUUACACCAGGUGUUUUCAACGUAGUCGCUUUUGCAACUUCAGAGGAGUACGACUUGGAAAAUCUUAUAAGCGGCUUACAAAAGCAGGAGUUAUAUGAACCAAAGUCUAUACCAAAUGAAAAUGAUGUCGUACAUGCAUUUGCAAAAUAUAAAGUUGAGAAAGAACCAAGAGAAAUUUUCUUCUUCAGGGAAGGUGGUGUGGUUCUAUGGAAUAUAACCGAUUUAGAAAGUAGCAAUGUAUUAAAUUUUGUGAGAAAAUAUGAACAAGAUAGUUAUUCGGAAAGAUUGGUACAGGCUGAAAGUGAAAUCAUGAACUAUAAAUAUCAAGUUGAAGAAAAUAAACCUAGUUGCUUAGACAAAGAUGGCAACUUUGUAUUGAAUCGCCAAAUGGAAAAUGAAAAUUUGACUUUAGUCAAAUACACAUUUUCAAAUGCCAUGUUCUUAUCUGUAAAAUUGAGCAUAUGGGAAGCAUCCUUGCAAAAAUAUAUUGAGGAAAUUGAGGAGGUUACAGAGGAUUUGAAAAGAGGUAAAAGGAUUAAAAUGUCCAGACAAGAAGCCUUAAGGAAACACGGUGAAUUAUUUGCAUUGAGGCAUUAUCUCAAUUUAAGUUCAGAUGUUUUGGACACGCCUGAUUUUUAUUGGGAAAAUGAACAAUUAGAAAAUCUGUACAAUCAAGUUUGUGUUUAUUUUUGUAUCAACAAGCGAACAAAGGUUAUGAAUGAAAAAAUCAACCACUGUGUAGCCCUAAUAGAACUACUUUCUCAUCAUCUUGGAGAUAAACAUCAUAUUCGCUUAGAAUGGAUGAUUAUCAUACUAAUUAUGGUGGAAGUUGUUUUUGAAACAAUACAUUACAUAGACAGAUACAUGCAUUGAUGGUUGGAAUAGUUUUAAAGCAUAUAAUGCAUUUAAUUUAGGAUGAAAACAGAAAUAAUGUUGUUUUGAGUACAUAAUAAUGUGAUAAGGACAAAGUUGAUUUUAUGUUUUUGCAUUCACUUGAAUUGUUAUGAAAUUAUCAAGGAAAUUAUGAAUCUUGUUCCAAUAAUGGGGUUUUAUUUAUUUGAAAUAAAAAUGCGUAAUUUCCCAUAAAUAUAAUUUGUUUUAAUAAAAUUAAUGUAAUAUAGAAACAUUCAACAUAGUAAUUAGGUAAAAGAUAAUCUCCAAAAAAAUAAGUUUUCCAUUUCUCAGCCUUCUUAAUUUUUUUUUCAGUCUUCUAGCGACGGCUUCAAACUCUCAACAUCUUCCGAUUAGCAAAAUAUUUUAAUAAUCCUUAAAAUCUACAGUUAGGAUAAAACACACACGAGACAAAAGCAUAUGUGCUUUCUCACAAUAAUAGGCAAUAUAAGCUCAAAUGUGAUUUAAGCUUUGUUAAAAUAGCUGCAAAUAUUUUUAUGUUGAUUAUUACGAUUUUAAUUUUUGAUGUCUUCCUGAGACAAUAUUUUGAAAGUAACCUCGUUUUCGUUUAGUUGCUUUAUCAGAGAUGUUUUAGCAAAUGCAGCUCCUGGUGGAUAUAUUC